AUGUCGCUGAAAGCAGGACGUACUAUGCUGCAAAAAGGUGCUCGAGCAAUCGAUACAAAUGGCAAAAUAUUUGCGUUUACACGAGAUGGACGUCCAUUCAAGCUACUUGGUGCGAUGUCGGCCAAAGAAUCGUGCUGCUGCAAGUUUUCACCGGACAAUUCAAAUUUGCUACUAUCAGCAGGCGAUAACGAAUUCCGCAUCACCAAGCUUCAAGGAGCGCCUGAGUUGUUGCUCUCUUGCAAAUUGGAAGCAAAUGUGUUGAGUUGUUGCUGGAUGAGUAGUUAUGAAGUGGCGCUUGGCCUGGGUAGCGGUGAGUUAUUUUGGGUGAUUGUGCUGGAGCGCUAA